AUGAAAGUUUUGUUUCACAACCCUAUAACUCAGAACUUUGUCGGGAAGAAUAUAUGGCGGGUUCUCUCACAGGAAGAAGGGGCAGAAAGCUUCGGCGAAAUGAUGGCAGAUUUUGAAUACAAGAAUCAAAAUAUCGCAAUAUUGCCACAGACAUACGCAAAUGUCUUAUUACAACUUGCUGCGUUUGAAGCACAUGCUCAAACUCAAGGGUUUGUGGAUCGGUUCGGGCUUUUCGUCGAUGGCAUGUUCAUGAGCAUGGAUCAGCGAACAAAUUAUUGCCUUGGUGAGAUCAGUAUGUGGGAGCGUGAGGUAAAUAAGAAGAGAUUGGAAGAUGUUCGAGCUGAUGCCUGUAAUCCCGCUGGGAAGUUGGAAACCAAGUCGGCUCAUUUCCCUCAUCCAAAAAGAAUGAGACGAGUUUUAAUUCAAGGGUUCACAACAGAUCCAACAUUGUAUUCACAAGAGAAAUUUGGUUGUAAUGGAAUGUCAGAACAGUUGAAUGUAGCAAAUAAAACCGGACUACCUAGAGAUAAUAACUGA